CCUACAUAUUUGCAUAGUAGAAAGUGAGAGGAAUCCAACAAUACUGAAAUUAUUGCAAUCCGUUUGGUGGAAAUAUUCCAGAAAAUUACCGACAGUGGUUGUAGGCCCAGUUGGUUUAUGGAUAAAUAAGGAAUUGGUUGGAGCUUUAUCUUGUAACAAUAUAUUUGGAGUAGGUUUGGUUACCUCUGCUGGAGUGUUUUAGGUGUGGAGGCGGUAGUGAUUGCCGGACGAUGUACCACUGUCAACUGUUAUUAUGGUGGCCAUUGGUUGAUAAUCCUUUGACAUGUAGAAAAGCUAUUAAGGAAAAUGGAUAUUGUCACAAUGCUAGUUUGCUAACUUUGUCUACUGUGCAUGUGAGGUGAUUUAGCUGAACUAAAUUGUGUAUUUAAACACAACAGAUGUACAUGCAUGUAUAAUUUGGCAUUUCACCUGUUUUCAUUGCAGAUCAUAUAUGAAUUACAGCAUGUGAUAUGUGGGACAAUGCAGUAAUAACAAACUCUAAAAUCCAAUUACUUUCAGCGCUGUGGUAUUUUGUUCUAAUACCUUGAUGCUAAUUUCGCUGUCAGCACAUUCAUAUAGAUGAUCAAUGACAGAUAACGCUUUAAAAUUUCUUCUUAAAAAGCUAUGAUGACAUGUUAUACCUACACAGUCCCCCCUUGAAUAACUAGAUAUUUGAACUUCCAAAUUCAUGUGAAAAAUGGGUGAUAUUGCUUUUUAGUAUGACUUUGUAGCCUGGAGAGAUAACCAUAAGAUGCAAUGAGGAAUCAUUAUCAGAGUGGAUAUACCAAGGACAGAACAAAUCAAAGACCUAGGUGACAAAUUAAGGACCUAGGCAGAACAGAAUGGCAAUUAACAACUAAGGAAAAUUUAAUCUGUGUCAUACUAAGAAAAUCUCUCCAUGGCCAUACAUUUUAAACAAAUGCAAUUAAUUGAAUUUCAGAAAUUUAAAGUGUGCAUGGACCUUGAAAUAUUCACAUGCAUGUACCUGGAAAGUUCAAUAUCUUUAGAAAAUAUGCACAUGGGUAAAAAGAUUGUGCACGUGAGAUCUCACAUGCAAUACUGCAGUUUGUACGUAAGAUUACAAUGCAAGAGAUCUAUUUGAUGGGGUUAGAUUAUAUCUUCAUCAUAAAUACAUCUUUUGCAUUGUAAAAAUAUCAUUCUCAUUCAUACCAUUUUCACAUGUUGCAAUGAACACAGUUUGCUCCUUUGACUCUAAUUGAACCACUAUACAAACCCCUCAUAGAGAGGGUUAUAGGCAAUGGAAGCUUUUAGGUGAUGAUGUGUGUUAGUAGUAUAAUUUAGAGUUGGUGUUUGUAUAUGUUUUUAUAUAUUUUGAAAGUUUACAUGGGAUAAUACUGUGUUUACCAGUCCCAGCUUCAACUAUGGGGAUUAAUGUCAUCACUGAGGUUGUCAUCCAUAAAUUUGAAUAUUAUUUUAAAAAGUGGCAUUGCAAACAGACCCUCAUUAGUACCAAAUUUGCUAGUACGCUCUUGUUUAGAAUUGUGAGAGUUUCAUUCCUCGACAUCUUUCAAAUGUAAAAAAACUUAUGACAGCUUGAUGUGGAUAUCACUUGUGCAGAAUACAAUUGCCUUACUAGUGCUCACAAAAGUACACAUGAGUCAUUACUGUUCUAGAUUUAGUGAAAAUAUUAGAUUUAAUAGUAUCCAAAAUAUAAAAGUGAUUGUUGUAUAUUGUUAUAUCAUUCUAAAGACCAGAUCUAUAUCACACUUCAGAAGAAAAGCAGAUGGAGCAUGGACUUGUUUCUUGUUUCAUAAUAGAUCAUGUAAUGGGUCUACAAGUUAUAUCAUCCCAAAAUUUGCGUGGUAGAGGUUUGCUGACAGUUGGCAGAUAUUUGACAUGCAUCUACUCAAGGACGCAUUUUAAUCUAUAGCUAUUUAUAAUUCAAAUCUGCAUUUUAAUGCAUAUACCGACUUGCAAGAGUCACAUAGAGAUGAACAGACUCUGAAACUUAUUUGAAUAUGUUUUUAUCAGUAUAGCAAAACUCAAUUAUAAAUAAGCAAAAUGAUGUGUAGCGGCCUGAAGUCAUUGAAAAAACUGUGAUUUCUAGCAUGUGCUGGAAAAGAAAAGAAAAGAGAAGCAGAAAAGUUUGAGCUCUCCUUCUUACGAGAUCUUCUUAUAUUUGUUUUGGUAUUCAGUGCAGGCAAGGAAGGUCCUUAACAGAGUAUGGAGAGCCCGAGCAGUGAGAGUGUACAGGAGUACCAUCAGGUGCUGACAGGUGUUGGGUGCCAUGAGGGCUCAGUAACUGUCUUCAAGCAAGAUGGCAGCUCAGCACUUGUCACCGACUCAGGCAUGGUGGCCAGCCUCACUGUGGUGGCUGAUGACCAGUCCAUCACAGGUGACGUGACUAACGAGAUCAUAAUUACAGCAGAUGAAAGCCUCACCAUCUCUUCUGAUGGGAAUAUCACACAGAUGAAGACAGUGGAUGGAGGGAGUGCCUCAGACACACUGCAGUCAAAUACAGCUGACAAGGCCCUGGGCAGCCAGAUUGUCUUUAUCCACCAAGAUAGGCAGCUGGAGCAGACACAGCCCAUACACUCACAGUCACACCAGCAUGUGACACAGACGCCCAGGCAUCAGAUCUUGACUGUUCAACAGUCCCAGCAAGUACAACACACACCUCAACAGCAGCAGGUCCUCAGUGUGAGCAGUUCUCAGCAGCAUCAGCGCCCACAUACCCAAGGUGGCGAAAUACCCAUAAGACCUCUAAUCAGUGACAUUGUAAAUUCAAAUGUCUUAACUUCUACCACAACAAGCAGUCCUCUUUCUGUUAGUCUUUCAAAUACAGUGUCAAAUGGCACUGUGAGGCUCAACAGUCUCCCAGCCAAUUUGCUAGCGAAUCCAACAACAGUUACCACCACAGUUGAGCAACCCAACAAUGGACCUUGUAUGUGCUUUGUUUGUGGGCGUCAGCUCUGUGACCCCAGUGAAAGAUUUUACUACCUUAAAACUCAAAAGUUAUUUAAUACCCAGGUAACAUUACUGGAACUCCUAAGUGAUGUGCUGAACCAGACUGUUGUGACCAACACAGGAGCAGUUGACCUGUGCUCAAGAUGCUCAGAACUUGUCAAUGAAACAGACAGUGCUUACACCCAUCUUAACCGCCUGAAAAAGCAAAUAAAUGGUCUCUUUACAAAUAACAUGCGACCAAAAUUGACCUUUCAAGUCUUGCCAAAGACUAGUAACCUGGGUGCACUGGGCACAGGCACAGUUCCUCGCCUUUACCAGCCUCCACAACUCAACUUGGAUGAUUUGGCUGCCACCAGGCCCCGUAGAGGGAGGCAAGCGCGGAAGGAAAAGAAGGAGGAAAAUGCAGUUGAGGUCAAAGUAUCGACUGCCCCCAAAAAGAAAGGAGGCAGACCACGCAAACCUUUUGGGUGCCAUAUUUGCAAGCGCAAGUUCUUGACCAAAGACAUGGUGGCAAGUCAUAUGGUCAAGGAGCAUGAUAUUCAUCCUGUGGGUUUAGCUAAGCCCAUCCUUGGAACAAGUGACUCACCUGAACCAGGAUCUGGCCAACAGGAAGAGAAGAAGGUUUCAGGUAACACAGAGGGACAGCAGGUCAAACAGGAGCAGGAAGACACCAAGGAGAAGCCUGCAUUACUCCCUCUGAAGAGUAGCCCUAUGAAAGAUGAAGGUCUUGCACUUAAUACUCUAAACUCUCUGGCCCCAGUGACCUCAACAGGUCGCUCCAUAUUGCCAAGCUUGACCCCCAUAGCUCCCAAGGUCCGAACAGAUGCAGCAUCACAGUUCCUUGCAUCCAUGCGUCCCAUUCAGCCCAAGCCCCAAACCAUGAUACAGACUGCUCCUGAUGGAUCUAUGGUCUUGUUCAUGAACCCAACUGUGGUCGACUCUUCCCCAACAGUAAUCAAAGUUACUCCAGGGUACAUGAAUCUCAAACCUGGUCCUUACACAUGUGAUAAGUGCAACAAGACCUUCUUGGAUGACAAGAGUCGCAGAAUGCACCGUAUUGCAGCCCAUGGUUUAAGGAAGAGGAAGAGAGAUGGUGAGGAGGAGGAUGAAGAGGAUGACAGUGGAGAGAAGAGGGAUUGUCAUGAGAAGCUUUGGCACUGCAGACAGUGUGAGGUCUCAUUUACAAGCAAGAGGAGCCUGGCUGAACACCGUAAAGCACUCCAUCGCAUGGGAGAAAAUGGCAUAGGCAUAGAUCAAAGAAAAGACCGGUUACAUUCUUGUGAUCAGUGUGAGCAGAUGUUCUGUUACAAAUAUGAGUUAGAGCGCCACAGAGAAACUCAUGUUCCAUACACACAGAUGGGUCCACACGAGUUUGUUUGUUGUGUGUGUGGCCUGAAAGUUGCAAGUAAAGCAGCAUUGAAAAUUCACCUGCAUCGUUUCCACAGCAAGGAUGAGGAAACCAAGGAUUACCUUUGCUCCGAGUGUGGUUAUAUGGCUUCCACCAAGAAAGCUUUUACUGACCAUCAGCGCAUUCACAGUGAUGAUCCAGGACCAAAGGCCCGCUGCACUAUCUGCGAGAAAGAGAUGCUGGCCUCCUCUUACAAGAUUCACAUGUUGAGGAUGCAUGGAGAGGCAAAACACCCAUGUGAUACUUGUGGCCAGAGGUUUACAGUUCGCUCUGAUCUGAUGAGGCACAUAAACACUAUUCACUCAACCCUCCGCCCAUAUGACUGCGACUUUUGUGGAGAGAAGUUUGUCACCUCUGAUGCACUAAGAUAUCAUCGAAACAAGACCCACUCAACAGUACUGCAUUCUUGUGAGUACUGUGGAAGGAAUUACAAGUGGAAGGGGGAACUAAGAACCCACGUGCAACGGCAUCACAUAGAGCACAAGGAGAGGUUCCAGUGUUCUCUCUGUUCUCGCAAUUAUGCAGACAGGCGCAAGCUUCGACACCACAUGAUGACUAAGCAUAAUGUUCCUCGGGAAAUGACCUACUUCAAGAAUUAUCAGCGCGACAAAAACAUGAUAACGUACAAAGAUGGGGAUGACCAGAUCCCCAACAGUGGUUAUGAGCCCCAGGGUACAUUGCUUCCCCCCUCGGUGCCCUCAACCCCACAGGCCUCUACCCACCACGUCCAACCAGUCAGCCAAGCUGUCAGCCAGGAGCCCAUCCAAACACAGCCGUCCAUCGUCACUAUACCUGUGUAUCAGCAGCAGCAGCAGCAGCAGCAGCAACACCACACCCAGCAGGCCCUUCAGCAUCAGCAACAGCAGCAGCAACAACAACAGCAGCAGCAGCAACAGCAACAUCAACAACAGCAGCAUCAGCAUCAGCAACAUCAACAGCAACAACAUCAACAACAGCAGCAGCAGCCACAACAACAACAACAACAACAACAACAACAACAACAACAACAACAACAACAUACCCAUCAGCACCAACAGCAGCAGCAGCAUUUGCACCACCUUCACCCACCUGGGCACCAUCCCCUCCACUCCGCAUCGCACCCACAGCAACACCACAUUUCAAACAACCAGAAUGUGUACAUUGUACCAGAUCUGGGAGUGCCACUACAUGAGGAACAGGUCACCACAACAUAGUGCUCUUGUGGCAAACAGUGUAAGGUUGUGUUAAAGAAAAGUACAUUGAGUGAAGGAGAAUUGACAGAGUACUCUACCACGGAAAUCGUAUAUUUUUGAACGACAUUUUACAACCAUUAUUUUAUUUUUCCUAUAAAAACAGCAAUGCGGAUAAGUUGUUAGCCUUUUAUUCUAUUUAUCCUUUUAGUCGAUUGAUCCUUUUAUUUAAAAUUUUAUGUCUUUAAUUUAAUGUGUUGCUGUCAGUGAAGCCAGACAGAACACAAAUGUCUCUUUUAGUCAUAUUUCCAGCCUUCAACUUAUACUUAAAGACUGCAGUGUUAAACCUACCUGAAUACAGCUUCCAGGAAUCUCAGAUGUGUGUUCAAUCCAUUUAUUGUUUUAAUGUGUUUCUUAAAGGAAAACUUAAUUAUUUUUAUGUAUUUCUUAAAGAAAAUAAUUAUUGUACUUUCAGUACUGUAGCAAAUGCUGAAACAAGUUCUUCCUUUGAUGUAAUCAAGUUGAUAAUGAGUAUCAAGUGUUUGUUUUCUUCUCACAAUGAGAAUGUGUACAGUAAUUGUAAGCUUGAAAUAAAAUUUAUAUAUAUGAUUAUAUUUAUAAUUUAUAUUUGACACCACAGGUUUUAAAGUUUAAGAUCUGUGCUUUUGUGAUUAUGUGUGACAAAACAUUGAGAUGAUUUUAAGUUAACCCUCGUAUGAUUGUUUAUUAUUUAUCUAUUAGUGUUAAGAUUUUCUUAUAAAUUUAAAAAAAGGAAA